CUCUGUAAGAGAGGACAAAGAAGGGCUCCCAGCAACAGAAGGCCAGGAAGGGCUAUGGCAGGCGGAGGAAGGGUGCGAGCCUAGGGCCCUGAGCGUGCAAGUAUCCUGGGGCUGCUCAAACAAAGCUUCUCACAUUGGGGCUCCUCACAGUCCUUAGCAGGGGUGUCGCUGCAGGCAGGUCCUCCUGGAAGGCUGUGGGACACCCUUCCUAGGGCUCCAGUUUCUGGUGGCCACAGUGCACCUCCUUGCUCCUUGGCAUGAGGCUCUUUCACUCUGGCCACUGACUCUGUCUUCACAUGGCCUUGUCUCUGUCUUUUCUUCUCGCAAGGUCACUGAGUUUGGAGCCCACCCUAAAUCCAGAACAAUCUCUUCUGAAACCUUUGACUUAAUUAUACUUGCAAAGAUCUGUCCAAAUAAAAUCACAGUCCCAGGUACCAAGGGUUGGACACAGAAUUUUCAGGGACACAGUUGAACCCAUGACACUGAGGUUCUGGACCGGGGGCCUGCAGGAAGCUGGUGCUACCUGGGAGGCCUCCACAGACCAUGGGGCUCUGCCAAGGGCUGUUGCUCAGUGCACUCUUCCAGGCCUGAGGUCCCUGCAGGAGAAGUGGCCCAGCUGGGGCUGACAUGGAGCAGAAUUCUAGAGAGGACCCGGCUUGUGUGGCCAGUGCGAUGGGUGAUUCAGAGGCGGGACCAGCAGAGGACAGACACAGGGUGUAGGGAAUGAAGAGCCCUGAGCUGGCAAGACAGGAAGUCCUAGUCAGGCCAGGCAGCCCUUUGUGCACAGAUCAGGCAGCAAACUGGGGAGUGCCAGCUUUGCUUUUUGUCACCCACAGGCCACCUGCUCGGAGAGUGGCUGGCACAGAGGACACAUGGAAGCUUGGCAUCUCUGGGCUCUCUCCUUGGGCUUAGUGCAGGCCCAAGUGCCUUGCUGCCCAUGCCCCACUGACUGACCUGUGCGGGGUUUAGGACAGGUGGGAUCACCUUGCCCUGGACUUCACCAAAGGCUGAAUCUGGUGCUUGUGCUCCUGUUGGGGUGGACACUUGGUGUCUCUGUCCUUUUGCUCCAGCUUCCUGACUCACUUGUCCAUCAAGUGCAGUGUGCAGCCUUCUUGAUUCAAGGGAGUCUCAUGCAAAACGUCCCUCGUGGCCCUCAGGAAUCACUUGCCAGGCCCACCUGGUUGGCUGCCUGCCUGCCCUCUGCCUUGUCCACUACACAGUACAGCUGACUGCAGUCUCUGUGAUGUCAGUGCCUGUCUGAGUUCUGGUUGUAGGACUAGGUCUGAGCUCUUGGGAACCAUCCCAGGCAAUGGAAGUCCAUCUAGGGGGACCCCAGCUGGAUCAACCCCAGGCAGGCCAGCAUCUGACUGGCCACUGCGUCCUCAGGCAAAACACAGGCUUGCUGUGUAGGAGUCACACACACAGUAUUGGUUGGCUGGAUGAUAGAGAAGUGUUGGACCCUGAAGUCUGGAACUUGGUCAUCAGCUGGCCCUGGCCGGCAUCUUUGUAGGCUCAAGCUCUGGCCAGAAAGUCCACCCUUCAGAGCCACUGUGUCAGUGAGUUCUAGUCCCUGGGAUGGUGGGGUCUGCAGAGGCCAGUGAUGGGCAGAGGGUCAGCCCAGAGUCAGUCAGGCCACUCAGACCAGGUGAGCAAGUAUGGGGGCUGCAUUGCAGCCAAGGGCUGGGACAGGCCCGUCUAGUGAGUCUGUGAGGUCACCAUGGUCCCAGUGUCCCUGGGAGGUGGGGGCCAACAUGGUUAGGUUAGCUCAGACUCUGCUUUCCUAAGAGAGAUCACCGAGGUCCCUGCCCUUUGGCCUGGUCCUGAGCUUGAGGCAGAGGGUAUUUGCUAUACACAGGGAGCAUCUGGCACCUAGAGCUCCCUGACCAGGGCCGAGUGCAUGAAGGAAUGGGCUGACUCUGGCCCCUGAGCUCUGGGCUUCAGGAGAGCAAGGGCCUGGGUGGGCAGCUCUGCCCAAGAGGAGCCCUUUGAGUUGGGUCAGGCAGCAGUCUGUGACUGACAGGGUGAUGGGCUGGGGAGUGCUGGGUUAAAACGACCCAUCUGCCUGCCUACAACUGUCACUCAGCCUCCUGAUUGCUCCCAGCGUCAAGGGAUAGCUGUUGCCAUGGUGACGGCACAUCCCAGGCUGGGCACCCUGAGAGCAGGGGAAGAAAGACAUUAACCCUGAGCAUGCCACUCUCCUGGAUCCUGCCUGCCAUCCUGUCCAGUCUUUUCAGUGUUGGAGGACAGAGAAGGGUGGCACUGUGACUCAGGUGAGGCUCUGGACACCUGCGGUUCUUCAAAACUCUGGAAGGCUGGACAGGUUCCAUGGAAACCAACCAGAGGUGGAUGAGAAGAGUGGAAGGAGGCCAUCUGCCAGCAUCAGCCCAGCUCAGGGACCUUCCCACCUCGUGGGGAGCUGCUUGUUUGGGUCAGGGUGGAGGAAGCGAUACCCACGUAACAGAGAUGCUGCUGGAGUGUCUGGGGUUGGUAGAUGACUCGAUUUCCUGAUUGUCCAGCUGUGCCCUCUCUCAGAUGGGAAGGGGUAGCCAGGCCUGGAACUCUUAUGUCUUAUGUCUUAUGGGAACUAGCUGGGACAGGGGCUGUUGGGGAGGCCCACCCAGGGAACUCAGCCCCAUGGGGGUGUGGGCCGUGCACACCCAUCUAGAAUUCUAGAUGUCACACCCCUGCUGGAGUGCGCUGGUUGUGGCUUUGCUCUGUGUAUGGCGGCCAGCCCAGCCCUUCUAGGGCAACCUGGCAUGGCAGCUGGGUUGACCUCUCAGGAAAUGGGAACACCAGGCACCCAAGGUGCUGCUGCCAGGUAUGCCCUGGGGAGGGUGGCAGGCACUGUCCAGCAGGUGGAGGGAUGAGUGUGCCCUGACAGCAGCUGUCCUGGUGCCCACUCCACCAGUCUGGUGAAGUGCACGUUCUGCUCAGGGCAGCCUUCUUGCCUCUGCCCAGGGAGGCUCUGACACAGCUGCCCCAACCACACAAGCUGUCCAGAUGUGUGGCCCAGUGGUUGCACUGCUGUGCUGAAACAAUGAAAGAUGGGAGGGUUUGGGUGGGCUGUGCCUUCCCCUCUUUUAAGCUUGCCCAGUCCCUAAACACCAAACACCCAGUCUAGGUGUUUGGUUCCCACGAGUGACCCUACUUCCUGCACUCCAUGUUCCUGCUGGCAACACUGACCUCAGCCCUGGACACAGCUCCAGGGAACCCACAAGGGCAGUAGGCAGCAGGCCCUUCACAGUGGGGAGGUCCGACAUGGGAUAGCAUGGUUAAGGGCAGGAGUGAAGGGUUGGGAACCAUGCGCUGUCCUGUACCUACAUGAGUCUCCUCAGUGUGGCCCAGGGUUGGGUCAUCAGGGUCCCCAGGGAAGGCAUUGUCCACCCAUGUGCGGGCAUGCAGGGGCUGACUGGGAGAGACUGAGGAGAGGUGGUGUCAGCUCCAGGCUCUGCAUGAGGCCCUGUUGGGGACCAGGCCUCCAUGGGGUCACUGCCACACACGCAGGGCAGUCUACAGGCAGGCAGGGAAGAGCUCCCAGAGGAGAGCCAGCUGCGGGAAGUGGGGAUUGUAAGACCGCAAGCAGGAGUCCAGCAGGGACAGUGUCCAUGGAACACAGCCACACCAGGGCAUUGGAGGCAUGGCACAGCUCUACAGCUGCUGCUGGACUCCAGAGGCUGUGGCUGUGGCUCCAUGGGGAGAGCUGGGUUCUGCAGGGCCUCUGACCCCGUCAGGUCUGAGCUCCAGGCUGUGCCACCUCUGUGGAUGUGUGAGACAUGCAUUCCCUAGGGGGCUCUGCUGUCUGCCCAGCAGUCGCUCAGCCAUAUGGCCUGUCUUGGGCGACCCCUGUGGAUGGUGGUUCCACCUGAGCCAGCCUGGUCACCCUGCUAGAGCUGGCAUGGUGGGCUGGGUCAGCCUCCUGGGUUGGGACUGCGCACUCCUGUCCCUGUCCUGUGUCUGGCAUGGGCCUGUGGAUUGAUGGAGGGGCCUUGUCGAGUGACCGAGUAGCAGAUGAGCCAGCAGUGCUCAGGUUCUGUGCCUGGCUCCUGGGUCUUCACAGUCAGGGGAUAGGGACUGAAGUUCCCCUGGGUGAGAUGCCAAGCACACUUGAAGCCAGUUUAGCCCAAGGCUUGCUCAGAUUCUCUGCUGUGGUACCAGUGUGACAUCCAGCCUGUGCCUGGUGGGUGGGCAGGGUUCUUCCCCGCUGCCUGUUGCUGUGCUGUCCUGAGGGUCCUCCUGGGGUCCUACCGAGAGGUGGCAUUUCCUUCUCCCACCCACAGCCCAGUGGACCCAGGCUUGGUCAGACUGAGGCUCCCUCAGGAGCUUGGACCUUGGGGAGCCCUUGGGUGAUGGAGGUUCUGGGGAGGAGCUCGAAGGGGUGGUAUCCUGGCCACCCGUGCCCUGUACCACAGUCCUGGCGCUGGUUUGCCUACACCCCAGCUCCCUUUGUCAGUCUGGACCGCAUCAGCACUGGCACAGCCUGGCCUCUGAGUCCUCGGUGACCCACCGGAGUGCAGCUGUGGCCGGUCCCUUGUGGGCGUCGGGGUGUGAGGCUGUGCAGUGUGGGUCACUGUGUCACACAGAGGGGCUGUAUCUGGUGAGGACUGCUUCUUGCUUCUCUGUCUGUAUCCACCCCCACCCCCGUGUUAUAAGGACACGGAUCCCAUUGCAGGGCUCCACCCCACCACCUGACCAUGUCCCAGGGGCCCCAGCUCCUAGUGCCUCACCUUGGGGUUAGGGUUCCUCGUAAGAACUUGGGAGACACAGAGCUCAUUGUGUACCCUUGGGCGACUGCGUGGGUACAUCUCUGUGGACAGUGGCCUAGUGGUGGGUAGACCGGGCCGGUGCCCGGGGCUGGGUAGUCUUGCAUGGGUACCUUGCACUUCUAGUGUGCAAGUGGCUCUUGUGCCUUGGUCCCCAUAUUGGCCCUCCUGGGCCAGUGGUGGUGAUGUGGUCCCAAGUCCAGGAUUUGGAAGGAUGAAUGGGCAUCUCAGGCUGGCCUGGGGAGUCCUGGGGCCCAGAUGCCAGCAGGGAGCCUGGGCUUGGGCCCCCCACCCUGGGGGUUGUUGCUGGGUUGGGUCCUGGAUGGCCCCCAGCAUCCCUUUCUCUGCCUGCCUGCAGCUCCUUCUUCUAUGCCUUCCUCAACCUCCUGGUGAGCGCCUUCGUGGUCUUCCUGGUCUUCAUUGCCAGCACCAUCGUGAGUGUGGGCUUUACCAUGUGGUGCGACGCCAUCACUGAGAAGGGCACCGUGCCCCACAGCUGUGAGGAGCUGCAAGACAUCGACCUGGAGCUGAAUGUGGACAACUCUGCCUUCUAUGACCAGUUUGCUGUCGCCCAGUGCGGACUCUGGGCCUUAUGGCUGGCAUGGCUGGCCAUCACCAUGCUGGCCUUCCUGAAGGUCUACCACAACUAUCGCCAGGAGGACCUGCUGGACAGCCUGGUCCAUGAGAAGGAGCUGCUGCUGGCCAGGCCGGGCCCCCGCACCUCCUUCCAGGGGGAGAAGAGUGCCGUCAUCUAAGCUCUGCAGCUGGCUCCCGGCCC